CGAUAUUACUUCGAUCUUAAAUCUUAUAAACAAUACUUGCAGAUUUUAAAUUAUUAUCUGAUGUGCAUUGCAGUGCAAUCUUUGCACUAAGCAUAACCCAAAAUUAGAAACUAGAUUUUAAAUGUGCCUUAGCCUUAGCCUUAGGCUUAUGUGUGGAGAUAAUCAAGAUUCAGCAUUCUGGAAUAUCUAAUAAUAUAGAAGAUCUAAAUAAUUUAAAUAAUUAUUUGAGUCAAUUUGACGAAUCACUAGACUAGUCUAACUCUAACUAAGAAUUUAGAUUCUAGUCUAGAUCUAGUACUGCAACAUAAUUCAACAUUAACAUUGUCAUUGGCCAUAAAAAGCAAAUCCAAAACAUCGCAUAAAUUUUACAUUUUUUGUUACUCAAAUAAGUAGUGGGUACCACUGUACUGUAAGGGACCACGUUCUUACUCAAAGCAAAGGCAAGUUUGGCAAAGACUAAAUAAAAGAUGAAUGCCUUGACCAACCGUGCUGUAACUGUGAUCAAUCUUGGACGAAUGGGCUUCAUGGCUGCCCAUGAUGUGCAGAUGAGAUUUGCUCGAAGGCACCUUGAUGAGAUGGCUGAUAAGCCAUACACGUAUGGUGAGGAUACUCUCCUGUUGGUUGAGCAUCCACCUGUUUACACAGUUGGCCUACGGACUAAAGACUAUACUGCAGAGGAUGAAGCUUACUUGAAGUCAACAGGAGCUGAAUUCUACAAGACCAACAGAGGUGGACUCAUUACAUUUCAUGGGCCUGGUCAGCUUGUGGCUUAUCCUAUUUUAAAUUUGCAACACUUUAAACCCAGUGUGAAAUGGUAUGUGUGUCAGUUGGAACAGACUAUGAUAAAAACCUUACAAGAAUUUGGGCUGAAAGGAAGGACAACAGACCAGACAGGAGUUUGGGUGGGAAAUAAAAAGAUUGGAGCCAUUGGUCUGCAUGCCAGCAGAUAUGUGACCACACAUGGCAUCUCUCUCAACUGCAACGUUGAUCUCCAUUGGUUCAGACACAUCGUUCCCUGUGGCUUGCCUGGUGUUGAGAUGACCAGCCUAACCAAAGAACUAGGCAAAGAUGUUUCUUUCCUAGACAGUGUGCAGCCCUUCCUUAAGGCCUUUGAAGAGACCUUCAAGUGUGGCAUUGAGUUAAAGAUGCUCGAGGAAGAUGAGUUGAAAUCUAUCAGUAGUCCAUUCAUUUCCAACAUUGAUGCUGGGGCCACAAACAAAAGCCAUGUCCGGCAAGCUGAUAUUGGACAAAGGAGAAAUAUGUCCACCACCUCAUCUAUGCCAGUCAACCGGGUCUCCACUGGGAAACAGAACUACAUCCUGGAAGAAAGGCCCAUUCCUAUGUGGUAGAGAAAUGUCUUGUGCUUGUAGCUGAAAGCGUAGUUUUGUGCCUAUUGAGAUCUGCAGUAUACAAGAACAAAUGAUUGAAGUAUGUGAGCCGUAUGAUUGCCUGUGUCUUAUGUCAUUUGGUUGUGAUGGUGAAGAAAAAAAAAUUUACAAGAGCAAAAAAAACAGGAACUCUUGGGCUAACUAAGACACAGGACGAAAAACAUUGUUGGUUGGGACCACACAACUUCAUUGAUCUGGAAUGCCUUAUUAGUCUUUUUAAUUCAUUGUUUUAUCACAGCAUUUAUUAACCAUUUUUUUUUUUACUAUUGACAUUUCUACUCUUGACCCAUGUAAAGAUUUAUUUCAUUCCAUAGUGCUUUCUAACUCAAAUGUUUACUAGAAAAAAGUUGUGCCCUUUUCAUUAAGGGAUUAAGGGUAAGCUCAUUCUCUGGCAUAAUUUGUAGGAAUAACAUUGGCAUGCUUGAUAGUUCUUUGAUUUUCAUGAGCCAUUUUGUUCACAUUGUCUAGCUGUCUGUGUUCUUGUACACAUCUUAAAGUACAACUGCAGCCUAUUUUGAUGAUGAUUGACAAGUCUAGUGUAAUUUACAUGGAUUUUUCAUUGAUAUGCCUAGACAUCUCUUUCAUCACAAUGCAAACUGUUCACAACUCAUGUGUUGUUGUUUUUUGCUAGGUAACUGAUAUGCUCAUGAAUUCUCAAGGGAAACAAAUCCAAUCUCUUCUUUAUUUCCCAAAAUCAGCCAAAAUAUCAUAGUUGGGAAUUUUGUGUGGGGGUGGGGGGAUGAUGGUGGGGCUAGUAAAGGCAAAAUGUGUGUUUCCUCAUUUUUUUGUUCAAUGCUAUAAACAAAGAGACAUAUAACUUACAUCUAAAUUUUCAUUUGAUAAAUACUUUUUUUUUAUAUUUUUACAAAGCUUAUCUCAACUUAUUCUCAACUUAGUCUGGUAAAAAGUUUGUACACGUUAUUUCUCCCACAACCAAUUUCAGAUCAAGCUGAAAUUUUGUACAAUUAUUUCCUUUACCUGACAACACAAGAAUAAAUUCAAAAAAUUAAUCAAUUAGUUAACUAGCUAUUGGUAAUUUGUAUAUGACUGAAUAAGCUGAAUUAGUCCCAUUUAUAGGUUGUUGUCUGAGUCUUAGUGAACACAACAUGAACAAUAGGACGAGACUAUAGAACUAUACAAUUGUCCAUGUUCAUAGGCUCUCCACUGGCAGAGUGAUUACUGUUGUUAGCUUGAGAAGGCUUGAGCUAUGAGUUUGAAUUCAAGUUGUUCCCCCUUCUUUUUUAUAUUUAUAAAUCAUUUUUAAUUCUUAGUCUACAUCUAUUACAGAUUUAAUUACAUGAAUGAUCCAAUGUAAUGGAUUUAACUAUGCUUAAUAUAAGCUUUGUUGUUUUUUUAAGUAUUUUUCUAAAACUAUUUUUUUGUAUUAUUUCAAUCUGUUUUAUGUCCCAUUAUUGAAUCACUACAUGUAAAUCUUUUCGAAGAUAUUUGUAUCUUCUUAGUGGGCCAUUCACAAACCUGCCAGAAACAAUCAAAAUCUAGUCAAGUGAAACUUUAUGUACUGUAGUACCAUUGAGUAGUAUUUAGAUGUGGUUAGUUUCAAUGUGUGACCUAGCACUGCCAUAGCAUGUUUUGGUUAGUUUUUGUGUUGUAUGGGUUGACAUGUUAUUUCCUAGUUGGCAAUAACCAGGUGAGAUUAUCCACUUAUGUUUGUCCACCCUGACUACAUUGUGAAUGUUUCCUCAGUAUUCAAGAAACUGUUUGUUGUUUUAAAUCUUACACAUUUUUUGGCACAAACAAAAACAUCUAUAAAUAGCUUUACUUUUAUCUUAUAUCUUUGUCAAUGAAGCAUUUUGAUCAGUUCACUCCUUCAUUUAUAGAAUGACAGCACAACGUCUUACUUGCUUAAUAAACAAAGCUGGCUCAACUUAUCCGUACAUUUCUUAUUGUGAUCAAGUUAGCCACAAAUGUCAGCAGAUGAAGAAAUGUGAGACUGAAUUUCUAUGUUACUGUGACACUCCAAAUAAUUCACUUUUUGAUAGUUCUGAUUGCUCAGAAGCCUAUGCUAUAUUUAGGUAUAUUUAAGCACAUAACAAUUCAACAAGUUUUGCUGUUAAUAAUUUCGAAGCUUGAACAGAUAACUAUUAAAGCUAUGCACACAAAAAAAUAUUUAAAAAAACAGAAAUAUACCCACAUUGGUGAACCAUUAAAAUUGAAAAUGUUAUAAUCGUAUAAGAUUUGUUUCUUUCGUCUUAUUGCAAAUUUUCAUUUAAUUCUUCAAGUAGUUUGGUACUUUCCAUCUUUACACAUUCAAUUUGUACCAUCCCUCAGUGGGCUGAAAGAUUAGUCUAUAGAUUCCUCUAAUCUUUUCUGACAUUAAAUGAACACUUUUUUGAAACCCUGCUAGAGGGUAAUUUAAAAAAUUGUGGGCAUCUAGAAUUAAGAUGUUUUUUUAUUUUUACUCUAUUGACUUCGUGUUUGUUGCAUUGUUCCUUUGUUAAUGAAAUGUUAUGAGUUUGGGUUAGAAUUAUAUGGUGGCAGUUUAAGUUUUGGAUUUGUUUGUUUUUUUACUUUGAAUUUUUCCAGCAUUAAUGAAAAAAGCUUUUUUUGUUCAAAAGCCAUGCUUAAUGUGUUUAAUUAGUCCCUAGUUGUGAAGUAAUUAGUCUCAAACAAAUUAGGAAGCUAAACGUGUCAUAGAAUGUCAGUGACUUUUGUUUUUCUUAGCAUAUAAUUUACAUUUGGCUAUUUUAUGUUUAAUUUUUUCAUAAACUUUGGGGUUAACUGCCAUAUUUGAAUAUUUUAAAAUGUUAUUAUAUCCCUGCAGUAUUUGGUUGAAUAUUUUAUUAUUGACAUACAUAUAUAUUUGUGUUAGUAGUAUGCUGUCUUCAUAAGUUAGCUGUUGUUUAAUAUUUUAGUCAUGUUUUUUUUUUUUUUUAGAUAAUUAUUAUAAUCCAUUGUAAAGCAAAUAGCAGUAAUAUCAGUAUUAUUCCUAUGAAUCCAAUUCUAACUACAGCCCUCUACAUUUCAUUGAAAUUCUACUUUGACUUGAGUCUAGUCUAGACCUUCUGACUUUGUGAUGUUUCAUUGUUGUCAAGUAAACUGAAACAAAGUAAAGUCACUCUUCCUGGCAAGUGUAUUUAUAGAGUUUGUAUUUGUGAGGCUAAACCCUAGGUUAUCUAUGACUUAUGCAUGGUUUAGCAUUUGGGGGUUCAGAUCUAGGUGAUGUUUGUAUUAUUUAUCAUUUAGCAGGGAAGGAAGUUUAGCACCAGGUAAUACAAAUUAUGUAUGUAUCAUUUAGCGUUGAGGUUAUGUAAUCUCUAUACCUGUAGUAGGAAACUAUUUCUAUAUUUGAUAAAAUUGUGUCCCCUCUAAAUGUUGCAGGAGAUAUAAAUAAAUUAAAUUGUUGUUAAUGCA